CAAUCGUCCGGAAGAUUUUUUUGUCAUUGUUCUGGUGUUCUCUUGUAAAUAAUGUUGUAAAUUAGUGUUUGUAUUGAAUUAGCGUUAGAGUUUGAGUUUGUUUGUUUUAUGUAGAUAAUCUACCAGUUUAUACCAGCACAAUCAAAUGUAUGAAACCUGCUCAAAAAUGUCAUCAGCUGAUGUCUCACCAGUUACAACUCCCAGUUCUACACCAUUAAGUGGUGGUCACCCUCCAAAAUUUGGUACUGUCAUACCAAGCAGAAUAUUUGUUGGUGGAAUAGCAGCAAAUACAACGGAUGCUGAGCUAAAGCAGUAUUUCUCUGCUUUUGGAGCAGUCAAAGAUACUAAAAUAAUAACAGAUAGAGCAGGAGUUUCUAAAGGAUAUGGAUUUGUUACAUUUGAGAGUCAAGAAGAUGCAGACAGAAUAAUUAAAAAAGAGUCUGAUAAUCUUAUAUUCAAGGACAGGAAAUUAAACAUAGGCCCAGCUGUUAGAAAGCAGGGUUUGCCAAGACCUUAUGAUGCAAGUAUUCCACCUGGAUCUGUGUUAUUUACAAAUGGAGUACCCUACACUUACCAAAAUGGAAUGGCCAUUUUUCAAAGUCCUGAUGGAAACUAUCCUUUGGCACAACCCCAGUCAUAUGCAACUACAGCUGUAAUGAUUCCUCAGAACCAAGUUUAUAUGACUCCUCAAUAUCCCUAUCAACAGUUAUCUCUACAAAGUUCAUUGCAACCAGUCCCAACAAAUCCAGGCUAUAUUUGGGCAACUAUGCCAACUACCACUGAUGUCCUUUAUCAAACUCCCCAAGCUUAUCAAGGUGCUGAGCUUGCUGAUGCUACUUUCGUUGAUGGAACAACAGUGGAGACAAGCAGAUAUCCUGGGCAAUGUGAUUCCUGUAGAGCAGACAUUGGCAAACCGCAUCCACUCUCCCGUGACAGAGGUAAAUUGUACUACAGACCAGACGUCUGUAGCCACUGUGCCUGUAAUUCCUGUACAAGCCGCUGCAAAAAAUGCUGUAGCAGGUUACAAGAAACAUUAUUCUUACACAAGAAGGUCCUUUAGUAGCCCUACCAUUCUUGUGAAGCAUGGUCAUAAAGUUCAAAGAAUUAUGGUUUCAGGCACUUCACCACCAACAAUGUAUAAUGGCCAAUUACUAAGUCCCUGUAACCCAGCUGACACUGGUGAUGGUAGUGAUGCUUAUAUAAGAUAUACUCAUUUACCAGGACAUUCUACCACAAAAUGAUGUAUUUUUUAUGCAGAUUUUGUACUAAUGGAAUAGCUAGUUUCAUGAACUCAUACCUUGUUUUUGUCAUAUUCUAAAACUAAUGUAAUGCUGUAGUUACAUGUUUCACUUUUUUUUAGGGGGCUUUUCUCACAUUGCUGUAAGUGUGAUUCAAAUAAAAAAAAAAAAAAUACGAAAAGAAGGUAUGAGUAGAAAUAGUUAUUAUUGCAAGUACUCUUGAGAUGGACUGUUUAAUACAUUUCAAUAAAUGUUAAAACAUUUGA